UGCCCCAUUGUUGGUGUCAGUAGGAGGAAUUGUGCCCCAUUGUUGGUAUCAGUAGGAGGAAUCGUGCCCCAUAUUGGUAUCAGUGGGAGGAAUAGUGCCCCAUCAUUGGUAUCAGUGGGAGGAAUAGUGCCCCAUCAUUGGUAUCAGUGGGAGGAAUAGUGCCCCAUCAUUGGUGUCAGUGGGAGGAAUAGUGCCCCAUCAUUGGUAUCAGUGGGAGGAAUAGUGCCCUAUCAUUGGUGUCAGUGGGAGGAAUAG